GUGCAAUAAAUGUCAUAAACGGGCGGAAUGGGGGUAGGUUGGUGGUGCGUUUGGGGGCGGUGAGGCGGUGCCUUACCGAGCCUCCCGUCACUCUCUGCGGCGAAGCGAGCUACUCGGAACUGAAAUGGCGGAGGGGGAGUUGGACGUCGACUCGUUGAUUUCCAGGCUUUUGGAGGUGCGAGGAUGUCGUCCAGGGAAGAUUGUCCAGAUGACAGAAGCCGAGGUGCGUGGCCUCUGCAUAAAGUCCCGCGAGAUCUUCCUCAGUCAGCCCAUCCUUCUGGAGCUGGAGGCUCCGCUCAAAAUCUGUGGUGAUAUCCACGGGCAGUACACAGACCUAUUGAGGCUCUUUGAGUACGGUGGCUUCCCUCCAGAGGCCAACUACCUGUUCCUUGGCGACUAUGUGGACAGGGGAAAACAGUCGCUGGAGACCAUCUGCCUACUGCUGGCCUACAAGAUCAAGUACCCCGAGAACUUCUUCCUGUUACGGGGCAACCACGAGUGUGCCUCCAUCAACCGCAUCUACGGCUUCUACGAUGAGUGUAAACGAAGGUUCAACAUCAAGCUGUGGAAGACAUUUACUGACUGCUUCAACUGUUUGCCCAUUGCCGCCAUAGUGGAUGAGAAGAUCUUCUGCUGUCACGGAGGUCUCUCUCCGGACCUGCAGUCUAUGGAGCAGAUCAGACGCAUCAUGAGACCCACAGACGUGCCAGAUACAGGCCUCCUGUGUGACCUGCUGUGGUCUGACCCUGACAAGGAUGUGCAGGGCUGGGGCGAAAACGACCGUGGGGUCUCCUUCACGUUCGGUGCCGAUGUGGUCAGCAAGUUCCUCAACCGGCACGACCUCGACCUCAUCUGUAGAGCCCACCAGGUGGUAGAAGACGGUUACGAGUUCUUCGCCAAGAGGCAGUUAGUGACUCUCUUCUCUGCACCGAACUACUGCGGCGAGUUUGACAACGCUGGUGGCAUGAUGAGCGUGGAUGAGACCCUCAUGUGCUCCUUCCAGAUCCUGAAGCCCUCUGAGAAGAAAGCCAAGUACCAAUACGGCGGCAUGAACUCCGGCCGGCCCGUCACUCCUCCCCGCACAGCCCAACCUCCAAAGAAGCGAUGAAGGAGGACAUAAGAAUGGUCAAAAUAGUCUAUCAGCUUCUUGCAGCACACAGUGAUCAAUAUUAGUUUUCUUUUUCUUUAUCAUCCAAACUGAACUGCUGUCACUUUUGUCUGUUCGCGGUGUAAACCUUGAAACAUUAAAGUGUUUAAAACAACA